ACUGAUGAGGAAAUCAAUUUUUUAAUAUUUAACUUAUCAAAGUAGACGCUGAUAUUUGGAAAACAUUUGAAAUUGUAUAUUAUUUGGACAGUUUUGUAGUAAUUGUCAAUGUUUAUUGUGUGCCAUUUCUUCAUUAUUUAUUAUCGAAGUUCUCGCGGUAAAAUUCAAAAUCUAGGGCUAUUUCGCCGGCCAUAUUGAUCAAAGGUUGUCACUUAAAAAGACAACGACUAACUGACUAGUCUGACUAACUUCAUUUCAAUUGCUAGUCCCGGUGAAUUGUGGUUUAUCGGACAAAUAUUUCCAAUAGUCCUUGUAGCAACAAAAGUAAUCCAAAAAUGACUGACCAACCACUACCACCUCCAGUUAUGUGGGCCCAAAGGUCCUCUAUUGUAUUUCUUACCAUAAAUUUAGAAGAUGUCAAAAAUCCGGAAAUUAAGUUCAAUAAAGAUUCUAUAUAUUUUAAAGGUACAGGAGGUGUAGAAAAAAAGGAUUACGAAGUAACAAUUCCCCUGUAUAAAGAAAUUGAUCCUGAACAGAGUAAGAGCUUCAAUAAAGGAAGGUGUAUUGAAAUUAUUGUAACUAAAGCAAACACAGAUGGACCCUACUGGCCUACAUUAACGUCUGACAAAAAGAAACACCAUUGGUUAAAAUGUGAUUUCAACAAAUGGCAUGACGAAGAUGAUUCUGGCGAUGAAGGUGUUGGAGGAAUGGGUGGUGGAGAUUUUGAUGAAAUGAUGAGGCAAAUGGGAGGUUUAGGAGGUGGGGCUGGUAAACCUAACUUUGACGAUAUUGAAGGGGAUGAAGUAGGAGAUUCAGACGAUGAACCUAUUCCUGAACUUGAGUAGUUUAAUAAGUUAAGGAUUUUUUUUAAAUUUUUGUAUGUUAAGUUAUAUGAAUAAAAGUGAUAAUUUCUAAAAUUCUCUUUUGGACAAACUUGGUUAUUUUUCCGACAUCGGGGUUCAUGGGAAUAACAACCAUACACCAAAUAUGUAGCUGCGGUUUCUACGUGUUUCGAAAUACUUAGGUAUAUAAGUAAACUAGUGUGUAUAUGUUAAGAUUUUUAAUUAUAAUAAACUAUAUUGAUCUAA